GUCCCUUGUCUGAUCUCCUUGUUGACUUUCUGAUCGAAAAAGCAUUCCAUGGCAAAUCCAUGGAGGAUUGCAGCUAUGGGCUUGGUCGUAACCGUGCUAGGUUGGUUUCUGUCGCCCAUGAUCAGCUUGCUGGUGAACAAAUUCUUUUCCAGCCUCUUCGAUGCGUCGCGGAAGAUCCAAGAGCUGGCCAUUCAUACCGUCCCAAAGCUGGAGCAGAUGCUGAGAGAAAUCGAGGAGCAGAGGAUGCACAGAAAGGCGAAAAAGGAGAGAUCUGCCGUGCAACAUCUCGACGAGCUUGCCAAGAUCGUAAAAUCGGCCUUGUACGAAGCAGAAGACAUCCUUGAUCUCAUUGAUUAUCACCGAAUCGAGAGGGAUAUCGUCGGCGGCGACGAUGACGGUGACGAUGCGCCACACGCCGGCAGCAACUGGCAUCAGCACAUCCGCGACGCCAUCCACGCCUGCAUUGACUGUUGCAAGAACAGAUCAGCUGAGCUGCUACCGAUUCAUCGUGCCCCGUCGGUUUCCUUGGAGUUCAGCAGCUGCUGCCAAUCCGUACUCAUCUGGUCAACGAACUGGUUUCAGGUUGCUCGUGAUUAUCGAGAUUACUGGUCAUAUGAAGUGGUUGGCAUCACAGGUUAUUACCAGGAAGAUGGGGUCGCAGUAGAUUCUUUUCUGCCUUCAAUUGCCAGAUGGAAACUGGGGAGGAGAAUAGAAAAGCUAGAAAAUACUGUUGCGGAUGUGGAGAAGUCACCUCUGUUAAACCAGAAAAGCAGUGGCACCUGGAAUGAUAUUGUCAACAUGAACAGGAGAAGCAUUACAUCAAGUAGUACACGGAAGGUAUUCGGCCGAGACAUGGAGCGUGAUACGAUAAGAAGUAUGCUUCGUGAGGGGCCAGAUGAUUCUGCAGCGAGUUCCAGUAGCAGCAAAUGUUAUUCUGUGAUUUGCAUCUAUGGAAUUGCAGGGUCUGGGAAGACUACGCUGGCACAAUAUGUAUGUGACCAUGAAAAGGAGGACAAAGACAGAUAUUUCGACACUAUCAUGCUAAUCUAUAUUUCCAAGGCUUACAGACUGGAAGAUAUAUUUCGUGAUAUGCUUGACGAGAUCACACGAAAUCGGCACUCUGAAAUUACUGACUGCAAAGGGCUGGAAGCCAAAUUGGUGGAGAAUUUGAGAGGCAAACGGUUCUUGUUGGUACUGGAUGAUCUCUGGGUUCACGACGAGAAUCACGAGAAGCUGCUUUCUCCCCUCAACGCUGGAAAGGCAGGCAGCAGGAUUCUGGUGACAACCCAGAGUAAAGAGGCAGCUCUAGGCUCUAAUAGACUUAUUGCAAUAUCUGAUUUGGAAGAGGAGCAAUACUUCUCAAUGUUUAUGCAUUAUGCACUUGACAGUACAGUUUUCGAUGAUCGAGAAUUCAUACCGAUUGGGAGGAAAAUUGCUAACAAGCUAAACAGGUCACCUAUUGCAGCAGUUACAGUGGCAGGGCAGCUUUGGAGAAACCCAGACAUCAGGUUUUGGCAAACAACCGCAAACCUUGACGUGCUGAAUAAGACCAAGGGAGCUCUGUGGUGGAGCUACAACCAACUUGUUGUGGAUGUCAGGCGAUGCUUUCAGUACUGCAGCAUCUUCCCCAGAAGGCAUGAAAUGGAACGAGACAAUCUAGUUCGUAUGUGGGUAGCACAAGGAUUUGUCAAGGACAACGAUGGGCACAAGGAAGAUGUAGAAGAUGUUGGUCAGGAUUACUUCCAUGACCUGUAUUCGUGCUCAUUUCUUCAACUCAAAAGGAAAGUCACCUCUGACAUCAGUUCCGGUGAGUACUUCACAGUCCAUGACAUGUUCCAUGAAUUAGCAGUGACGAUUGCCGGAAGUGAUUGCGUUAGAAUUGACAGAGGCAUCGUGACUGAACAUCUUCCUAAACAUGUCCGCCAUCUUUGCAUAGAGUGCUACAGUGGAGCAGAGUUCCCAGAGCAGAUUCUGAAGCUGGCAAACCUGCGCACUCUAAUCAUGUGCAAUUCUGUGGGGGGCAUGAGCAAAGAUGAUUUCGAGCGUGUCCUGACGAGGCUAAGGAAGCUGCGAGUGGUGCACUUGGACCUGCAAGAUUUGAGCACGGUCCCUGCAUGCAUUGGCGAACUGAAACAUCUUCGCUACAUUGGCAUCUCACCCUCGCUUUUCAACGACAUCACAUUGCCAGCCGAAUUCACCAAGCUUUACCAUCUGCAUGAGUUUUGGUUCUCGCCUUCCAUUGAUUUGCAUUUUACCUCCCCGGCAAGAAUGGGGAACCUCAUCAAUUUGCGGUAUAUGCACACAUGGAAAGGCCUGGACAUCCCUGACAUUGGGAGGCUGACAUUGCUCCGGAAUCUGUUUCGCUUCACUGUGAGGAAAGACAAGGGGUAUGAGAUCACACAGCUGGAGCACCUCAACAGCCUUAGUUUCAGGCUGUUCAUCGACCAUCUUGAAAACAUAACAAGCAGGGAGGAAGCAGCUCUAGCUAGGCUAGCAGACAAGGCACACCUGAAGGACCUGACGCUGAGGUGGGGUGGCGACGACGAACACUCCACGACACCGAGAGCGACAGAUCCGGAGCUCGAAGCCGAGGUGCUCCAGGAGCUCCGGCCACCGUCCGGGAUCACGUCACUUUGCAUCAGAGACUACAGUGGUGCAAGAUACCCGAGCUGGUUGUCAGGAGAAGACGAUCAGGGAGAUCUCCCGGCCUUGAAAUAUCUCAUGUUCUGGGGUUGCAAUGGCUCGAGUGUACCACCCAUGUUUGGUGAGCGUUUCAGUCUUCUGUAUCAGCUCUCGGUUGCAGGCUGCAGCUGGAGCUCUUUGCCUGACAACUUGGACUGCCUGACCAUGCUCAAGGAGUUGAUCGUCCAAGAGUGUCCAAAUAUGCAGUCACUGCCUACGCUUCCCCGAUCCCUGACGAGCAUCGUAGUUUCUGACUGCAACCGCUCUCUUGAGAAGAGUUGCCAGACCCGCGGGCACCCAAACUGGCAAAAGAUUAGGCAUAUACGUUACAAAACAAUACGUUAGUUGGGUGUUGCCUCCGAGAUUACAGCAGAAUCAGACAUAUAUGCAAUUGUUUGUUUUUUUCUCUUCUCAACCUAUCGAUCGCAUAUGAGUUGUCAGUUUGGUCCAGUUGCAUAAAAGGCACUUGUGUUUGGUGUAUUUAGGUCAUGUUGAUGGUUGGUAGGACUCGCAACUCCUAAAAUUUGACUCUAAGAGCGGAGCUAUGGAGCGUCUCAAACCCUGCUCCACCAUCCCCCCCUUUUUUUUUUUUGGUAUCACUAUUUUAAGUGGAGCUGAAUCAACCAGUU